AUGUCAAAUAUUGUGAUAACGAACGAUGUGAAAAAUGAUGAAGUGAUGAAAAGUGAAGUGACAGUGAAACAAGAGGUCGAGGACAGACCUCAGAGGGAGACCAGGCUGACCAGCAUCAUAGAUCACCUGAGGUACCAAAAUAUGAGUCGAGGUUACGGUUCAGAAAGGUUAAAGCAACAAAUUCAAAGUAGAACCGCAAUGAUACCAUCAGCAUUGUUCGUAGAUCUAAGAUUCAUUGGGAGCGAAUCUAAUUGCGCGGGCGCACCCGACGCGUGCCUUUUGUCUCGCCCGUAA